AUGCAAUACUCAUUCGCUCUUCUUGCCUUGGCAACCCUCGCAGUUGCACAGACAGAUCUCCCCAGCUCUGGAGUCGCAUCUGUCACCAGCGCAGCACCAUCUUCCACUCCGGCCGCAUCGAGUGCAGCUGCCACCGGUGCUGAUCCAACAAUCAUCACAAGUUCCUCCGUUUCAAGCAUUCCUACCGCAGUCCACACCGAUUCGCGAUCUAUGACAACUUCCGUCAGUACCUCAGCCUCAUCAUCAGAGGCAUCAAAAGUACCAGUCAACCCACUCAACGGCAGUGGUACCAGCAGUGGCAGUGGAAGCAACUCCACAAUCACCUCAAAUGGUUCCGGAAACUCGACAUCUUCCUCUUCACCACCAAUCAAGUCCGCAAAGCCAAACUCUGCCUCGGGGUCUGCAAAUGCUAUGGGAGGACUUAUGAGCGUCGUUGUCGCUGGUGUUGUCAUGCUUCUGUAA